CCAAAGGCCGGACUUGCAAAUCUCUCAAUUACAGUUAAACCGUCAUAUUUCUAAGUCCGACCCACGUCUUUCCUUUCUCCCUCUCUCUCUCUCUCUCUCUUUCUGGCAAAAUUGAAAAUUUCUCACUCCUUUCAAACCGUUCAUUCCUUUGCUCUCCCUCCAUCGUUGUUGCGGUCUCUCCCGGUGGCGAAAGUAGCUCUGGAUCUCUCUCCGUAGCCGGAACAAUGGACGGUGGAGCGCCGCAAUACAACCCACGGACGGUAGAGGAAGUCUUCGGAGACUAUAAGGCACGGCGCGCCGCGCUUAUCAAGGCUCUUACCACUGAUGUGGAUGAAUUCUUCCAGCAGUGCGACCCGGAGAAGGAAAACUUGUGCCUUUAUGGCCAUCCAAAUGAACAAUGGGAAGUUAAUUUGCCUGCAGAGGAGGUUCCUCCCGAGAUUCCUGAACCUGCUCUGGGCAUUAACUUUGCUAGGGACGGAAUGCAAGAAAAAGAUUGGUUAGCAUUGGUGGCUGUCCAUAGCGAUGCAUGGUUACUUGCUGUGGCAUUUUAUUUUGGUGCUAGAUUUGGCUUUGAUAAAGUUGGCAGGAAGCGCCUGUUUAGCAUGAUAAACGACCUGCCUACAGUUUAUGAAGUCAUGAAUGGGAAAAACAAAGCGGGGACAUCAAAUAACCACCACAGCACCAAAUCAAAAUCGAAUUCCAAAGUGCAGAAACCAUCUGAGUUUCAGUCCAAGUACCCAAAUGAAGAUCAUACCAAGGAAGAGGAGGAAGGUUUGGCUGAAGAUGAUCAUGGCGAAACUCUAUGCGGUGCAUGUGGAGAGAACUACGCAGCAGAUGCUGAUGAAUUUUGGAUCUGCUGCGAUGUCUGUGAGAAGUGGUUCCAUGGAAAUUGUGUCAAGAUCACACCAGCGAGGGCCGAACACAUCAAACAAUACAAGUGCCCCUCAUGCAGCAGCAACAAGAGAUCUCGGCCCUCCUGAUGCAGAAAUGACCAAUCGGCAAGUAUUUUUUUUUUUUCCGUCUUGUAUUAUUGUGGCCUUUUUCAUACUUUGUAAGGGAGAUUGCCGUCUUGCUCUCUUUAGCUUGUGGUUAUAGGCUUAGGUGAUUAGUGUUUGUUAUUUUUAAGCUUUUAUGUAUCGCUGAUUUAGUUGUCUAUUAUUUAUUUAUAUAUUCCACAUAAAUGCUUCAGAUCACGCAUAGGCUAAAUGUGCUUAUCAUUUCGUGCUUCAUAGUAUCUCUUACUUUGAUAGACAAGUUAAGGUUUUGAAUUUUGAUGUGUUA